ACUACCUGUUAAGGUCCUGAAUCAAGACAACAAUUUUUAUACCUUUCCUGGUGGUUCAGUAACGAGUCCCUGUAGAAUCAAAAGCGAAGAAAGGAAACAAUCUGACCUUUUGUUUGUUAGAUUGACUGUAUAAGAUACUUGACUUCUAGGAACAAAAACACAGAGAAGUAAUAAAGUUAUUAUUUUGGCAUCUUUGGACAUCUAUCAUAUUGAGAAGCCUGCUUUGUGAAGCUUCCUGAAUUGAGAUUUGGAAACUUCAUUGGUGCUCAUUUAUAACUUGGACUGUAAGCAUGAGUGAAUUCUGGUUGUGUUUCAACUGCUGUAUUGCAGAACAGCCUCAACCUAAAAGGCGCCGGCGGAUUGACCGAAGUAUGAUUGGAGAGCCCACAAACUUUGUGCACACGGCUCACGUGGGGUCAGGAGACCUGUUCAGUGGGAUGAAUUCCGUUAGCUCCAUUCAGAACCAGAUGCAGUCCAAGGGAGGCUACGGGGGUGGCAUGGCUGCCAAUGUGCAGAUGCAGCUCGUGGACAUGAAGGCAGGAUAG